AAAUAAAAAAAUUACCUUGAAAAAAAACCUGUACCAAACGAGGGCAGAAUAGAAUAGAACCAAACCAGUCUCUCUGAGACUGAGGGGGCGAAGAAGAAAUGCUACUCGCCGUACUGAUCGCCAACUCUGAGGGCAACAUUCUAGUUGAACGGUUCAAUGGAGUUCCAGCUGAGGAACGUCUGCACUGGCGUUCUUUCUUGGUUAAACUGGGAGCAGAUAAUCUUGGGGGUGUGAAGAAUGAAGAUCAGCUUGUUGCUUGCCACAAAUCAGUGUAUAUCGUUUACUCUGUGCUUGGAGAUGUUAGCAUUUUCGUUGUUGGCAAGGAUGAGUAUGAUGAACUUGCCUUGGCCGAAGCACUUUUUGUUAUAAACACAGCUGUGAAGGAUGCGUGUGGGAAACCUCCAACGGAGCGUCUUUUCCUGGAUAAGUAUGGGAAGAUCUGCCUUUGUCUGGAUGAAAUUGUGUGGAAGGGGUUGCUAGAGAACACGGACAAGGAUCGAAUCAAAAGGCUUAUAAGGUUGAAACCUCCAUCUGAAGUCUGAACAGGACACUGCUCGUGCUCCUCACCCCCUUCUUAUCAAUUGAAAGCGGAAAGUCAGGUCAGCGCUCAUGUAGCAUUUUUGUACCUAUGACGAUGGCUUUCUAUAGUUUUUUAAUGUAAAGAUAAUCUUAUGCUUUUGUCUUGGAUAUCCAUGAGAUUUUCAUUUAGUGGACCAUAUUGAAUUUACUUGAUGGGUCAAUAAUCAUUUGUAGCCUUGAUGUUGUUGCAUGAAAUCAUGAAAUAAAAUGUCGCUCAAUAUACUUGAUCCUUUAA